AUGUUGCGUUUUAGACGUUUAUGGACUUCCAGGACUUUGCUGGCUGAUCAAUCUGAAAAUGAUAAUAAUAGAAAAGCAGAAUCGCAAGAAUCUAUUCACGAGGAGACUGACGAGGAGUAUGAGAAAAAUAUUAAGAUAAAAAUACUUAACGCUUCUUUACAAUUUGUUCCUGAUAUGGGAUGGAGCAAACAAGCUAUUAGUGCUGGUGCUGAGUCGAUUGGAUAUCCGGGUGUGAUACAUGGACUGUUUCCAAACGGUAGCGCAGCAUUAGUCUUUUAUUUUUACUCUAUGUGCAACCGGGACCUGAAUCAAAUCCUGGAGAAAGAGGCACUGGCUAUCGAAGCGAAUCCCUCGAAUCCACGGAAGACGCCGGAGCAACACGUUUGCGACGCCGUGGAAACGCGAUUGAGAAUGGUGGUCCCUUACAAGAAAACCUGGCCGCAAGCAAUGGCCAUUAUGAGCCUACAACCGAACGUACUGACCGCUUUGGCAAACUUAUUAACUUUAGUCGAUGAUAUCUGUUACUAUGCUGGCGAUAAGUCUGUUGAUAUUAACUGGUAUACCAGGAGAAUGAUACUGGCGGGUACUUACAAAGCCACUGAAUUGUACAUGUUGCAAGAUAGUAGCGAAGACCACAAAGAAACCUGGCUGUUCUUAGAAAGACGAAUAAAGGAUAUCUUCCAAGUACAAACGAUGCUCUCCAGCUCAAUCAAGCCGGAUGAAACUCUAAACCGUGUUACGGAGACUGCUACUGCUGUUUUUAUAACGGUACGAUUAUUUCCGAUAGAUUAUAUUGUAGAUAAGAUGGCCCGUAAUAUACUUGGAUUGAAUUAA